AAAGUUUCUGCUGAUCCCUUCAUCCCCUCGUGCAGGCAGUGAGCUUGCACAAUAUCACGCUGUAUUUCUGGAGUAGCCCAACUCGUUUGUUUUCGCUCGCAAAUCCUCGUCUAAGAUUUACCGUCCCCCACGUUCGAGUGCACUUUAAAACAAGGACUGAGGAACAACGUGACAUGAGAGGAUUGUUGCUUGAGCAAUGAAGACCAUGGCACUCUUUCACCAAUCUUUAUAAUGAGCACCUCUGAUAUACUGGAAUAAGACACCUCCCAGUCCAGGAAGUAAAAAGCAACAGAGGAGAGAAAACUCUGACUUGGAACAGUGGCUUCAACCGAGUGUAAACACGGCUUUGCUUUCGAGACUGCCUUCUUCUAACCAUGCACCUGGAGGUGAAGGUGGCCAUCAACUUCAUCGUCUCCUACCUGUACAACAAGCUCCCCAGACGCCGGGCAGACCUGUUCGGCGAGGAGUUGGAGCACAUCCUCCUCACCCGCUACGAGGGCCACUGGUACUCUGAGGACCCUCUGCGGGGGUCCGCGUACCGAUGCCUGCACUUGGGCUUCAUCAAGGACCCCACCGUGGAGCUGGCAGCCAGGCGGAGCGGGCUGGACACUGAGGAGGUCCGGGCCAACGUCCCCGAGGAGCUGGCCGUCUGGAUCGACCCCCACGAGGUGUCCUAUAGGAUCGGGGAAGGCGGCUCGCUGAAGGUGCUCUACUUUGACAACCCGCUCGGUCUGGGAGGUGGCGAGAGUGGAGAGGUGGCAUCGCCAGUAGUAGAGGGAGACCUCCUCACCACCAUGGUGGACGACGUGAAGAACAUGGCCUUCAACCCGGAGGCCCAGGUGUUUGUGCCCAUCAGCGACCAGAUGUCUCCGGUCCUCCUGCCCUCUCUCUCCAACUCCCCGACCCCCAUGUCUACCUCGUCCUGCCAGGGCAUGUACGGGUACUCUGCAUCCAGUACCCCGACCAACCAACCCACCGCUCACUCCUCCAACACCUCCACUCCAUCUCCACCGAGCGCUGCGCUCCCCUACCUACAGACCCAGCAGCAUCAGCAUGCACCUCUCCCCCCUCCAAACGCUCGGCCGCCCCCUCAGCCCAUCACCUUCACAACGGCCAGCUUCGCCGCCACCAAGUUUGGCUCCACCAAGAUGAAGAAGUCGAGUGCCACCGGAAACACUGUGAUGCCCAGCAUGGGAAUGCCUCCUGUCCCGGCUCCCCCACCUGCUCCUCUUCCUCAGCACCAGCAGGUCCAGCCACAGCAGCAGAUGCUCAGCCGCACCCCCGCCUCCAUCUCCCCUCCGGGGCUGCUGAAGCACAAGGCCCUGUCCCUGUCCCUGCACUCGCUAGGAGGGGGGCCCGUGCCUAGCCAGCUUUCCCCCAAUGCCAAAGAGUUUGUCUUUCCCUCCGCCCAAGGCCACCUCUUCUUCGAUGUCGAUGUCACCGCCGCCGCUGCCGCAGCAACCUCGGCCUUGCAGCCUGCUCACAGCUGCCCCUUUCAGUCGGCACCGCCUGCCCUUGCCGCUCACCCGCACGCCCGCCCACCCUUCGAUCCCUUCUCCAGCCCUCCUCCAGCCCAAGCUGUGGGCCUCAUCAAUGCCAACACAGGCUUGUCGUUUGUGGAGAAGCCCACGUUUGUUGAAGGCCUGAGCGGAUACAACCUGCAGUACCCCAGCCAAGCCUUCCAGCCUGUGGUCUUGGCCAAUUAAGCCUCCAGUCUUUUGGUGAUCUGACGUGGCCACAUGAAGGUACUGGUGGUCAUUUGAGGACCCCCCUCCCCCUCCCUUCCCCUCAGAGUUGUUACUAAUGCUUAGCAUAGCUAAGAGCUUAGAGCUAAUAUUAAGACUACUACAGGCGUGACUACUUUUUCUGACUUACCAUAUCAUUCAUACAUCUAUUUUUUAAGUUGUUCCUCAUGUUAAAGGAGUAACAAGCCUUUUGUUUAACUUUCUGUUGGUCUUUUGGGUUAAAUGUUGACCAUUUUCACAGCUGUUUCUACACUGACCUUACCACCCCCCGACACUACACUGGCAGGGUUCUUGCUGUCAAGCUUGCACUGCAACCAUCCUACUGUGGAAUAGAUAAAAGCUGAAUGAUAUGGAUGGCUUUGGAAAGCUAGGCUGUGUCUUGGCAUGCUGUGUCUGUUAGACCUGAGCAAUGAUUAUUUCAGUGUGAAGUCACGAAUGCACUUUCUCCUCUUGUUUUGUGCCAACAUCAUUUCCUGUGCGCUUUCAUUUUGUGGCUAAUGACCUCAAGUCAGCCUUUGUGUGGAGGGCCUGAUGUUGGUUAAGCUGAUACUGCACACGUGUAACACGCGCGUUCAAGCUUAUUGUGAAUUUUUGAUUGUGUAAGGCUUAGGGAACAUUCUGGUUAAAAUGUGCAAUGAUUUGUGUGUAUGUAAUGCUGUUGAUGAAGUAGGAUUGUAUGUAAAGGGGUCCAAUCUCAGCGUGUUUUGCAAAGAAUUGGUCAGCGCACAAGAAAGGACAAACCGAUCAGGUCAGCCUGAGCUAAAUGUACAAGACGACGACCAUCAAGCCUUUUCGAUAUAACUGGCAACUAAUCUGUUUUCUGGCUCCCCUCCGAGCGGACUCGCAUGCACAUAAGUACUCCCAGUCAGCAGAGCGUGAAGGUGAGGGCGGUAUUGG